AUACUGAACAAGAUGUGUGACGGAGCAGACCUGCUGGUGGAGCUGAAACAGAGAGUUGUCAUCAGCAUAGAGGAAGCCAAAGAAAAGCUGUACAGCCUCAGUGACGACAUAUGGAGAACUCCGGAGCUGGCCUACGAGGAAACCAAGUCUCACGACAGACUGGUAGCGUUUUUCAAGCAUGAAGACGGCUGGAAGGUCGACAGUCACUUCAAACUCGAGACUGCAUUUCGAGCCACAUGGGUAAGUGGAGGCGGCGCACGGGCCGAGGUGGUUCACGUGGGUUUCCUGUGCGAGUACGACGCCCUGCCCGGUAUCGGACACGCGUGUGGACACAACCUCAUAGCCGAGGUCGGAGCUGCUGCUGCUCUGGGGCUCAAAGCGGUGAUUGAAAAAACACAGGGGCUCUCCAUCCGGGUCCAGGUGACAGUUCUGGGGACUCCAGCCGAGGAGGAUGGUGGAGGUAAAAUAGACCUGGUGAAGGAGGGAGCGUUUGAGGGCCUAGAUGUGGUGUUUAUGGCUCACCCAUCAAAGGAGGACGCCACGUACCUGCCCUGUGUGACUGAGCAUGAUGUGACUAUAAAGUAUCACGGUAAGGCCUCUCACGCCUCAGCCUACCCCUGGGAGGGUAUCAACGCGUUGGAUGCGGCGGUUCUCUGCUACAACAACCUCUCCGUGCUCAGACAGCAGAUGAAGCCGGACUGGAGAGUUCAUGGCAUCAUAAGUCAGGGUGGAGUGAAACCAAACAUCAUCCCUGCCUACACUGAGCUGCAGUACUAUCUGAGAACCCCCUCACGCGCUGAGCUUCACAUCCUCAAGGCAAAGGCCGAGAAGUGUUUCAGAUCGGCUGCUAUGGCAACUGGCUGUGAGGUUGAAGUGGAGUUUACUAGAAAUGCUUACGACAACAUACUGCGAAACACAACGCUGGAAGGUUUGUAUGAGAGCAAUGGCAAGGCCUUAGGGAUGGAGUUCACCACGGAUGAAGACGUCCUUAAGAACGAAUCUGGCUCCACAGACUUUGGCAAUGUGUCGUUUGUAGUUCCUGGUAUCCAUCCGUACUUCUACAUUGGUUCUAAAGCCCUGAACCACACAGAAGAAUACACUGUGGCCUCUGGUGAUGCCAGAGCUCAGUUCUUCACCCUGAGGACGGCGAAGGCUCUGGCCAUGACGGCGCUGGAUGUGCUGCUGCGUCCAGAGCUGCUGCAGAGGGUGAAGCAGGAGUUCAGUGAGGGCAUAAUGAAGGAGAGCACACAGAGCGGUCUGCAGAAAACAGCAGCAGCAGCAGCAGCUGACCACCGCUGA